AUGGACAGGACCUUCUACCAGGACUCGUCGCAGCAGGAGGUCUUCAGCUACGUCGCACUGCCCGUCGUGCAGGAUGCUCUUUCCGCAAUCAACGGCACAGUGCUCGCGUAUGGUCAGACCGGAGCGGGCAAGACGCACACGAUGGAGGGCCCCAACAUGCUCAUCGACGACCCCGAGAGUUCCGGCAUUCUCCCGCGCGUGGCCAAGGAGAUCUUCGUCCGCAUCAACGCGACGGCGGCCCCCAGCGAAUACAAAGUCGCCCUCUCCGUGGUAAAGCUUCGGGACCUGUACGAUGUGAGCAAGGACAACCUGGUGGUGAAGGAGGACCAAACCCGAGGGAUCUCCAUUGCCGGCGUCACCGAGAUAUAUGUUGAAGGCGAGAAGGAGAUGCUUCAGCUUCUUGAGGCUGCGAUCAAGAAUCGGGCUGUUGGGGCGACCAACAUGAAUCAGGGAAGUAGCCGCAGCCACUGCAUGUUUCUUCUGACAAUUCAACGUACCUCUGCUGAUGGGAGCAGCUCGCAAGUUGGAAAGAUCUACCUUGUGGAUCUGGCUGGCUCGGAGAAGGUUGACAAGACAGGGGCGGAAGGACGGCUGCUGGACGAGGCCAAGAUGAUCAACAAAUCGCUCUCUGCUUUGGGGAAUGUCAUUAACGCCCUCACAUCCGAUAAGGCAUCGCACAUCCCCUACCGUGACUCCAAGCUCACUCGGAUACUGCAAGAAUCGCUCGGUGGAAAUUCGCGUACAACUCUACUGUGCUGCUGCUCGCCUUCCACUUACAACUACACAGAAUCCGUAUCCACUGUUCGCUUCGGGUUAAGAGCGAAGCAAAUCAAGAACAAGCCUGUCGCCAAUAAGGAGGUGGGGCGUGGGGAGCUCCAGCGUCGCUUGCAGGAAUCAGAGCUGGAGUGCGAGUUGCUGAGGCAGCACAUUCAGACCUUGACCCUGGCCAUCCAAAGGCUUCCUGGUGGAGAUGGCAUUUUGAGGGACGUUGGCGAUCCAAUCAGCGGAAGAACUUCAGGAUCGGAUAACAGCCUGAAGGGAAGCCAAAUGCUUGCUGCGUGCAUUGAGGGGUUGCACGGCAUAAUUGCCAGUGAGGGCAUGGCCUGGGCGUCUGAGCUGCCCACCAUUGAAGACACGAGUGACAUUCCAAAGCUCCUGCCUGGUGUGGUUGAGAAGCACCUCUCUAGUCAGUCCAGUGAGGGAAACGAUGAGAAGGAUUUGAAGUACCUCGAAGAGGCAUUGGAUGAUAUGGCUGCCCGUCUCAACAAGGGUUUGCGUUGCACACCACCCCACCACCACGCUCUCCCAAUAGCUAGCGUAGGCCCAGCUCCUGCAACCACCCCUCUGGCCCUCGCCAUGGCUGCUGACGAAACCACCGAUGGUGACGACGAGGCACGCCGUGAACUCCAAAAAUCACCCCUGCGAACGGGCCUCAGCUUUCUACGAACCCCUGCUAAGAAGCUGUCAGAUCCGGAGCCCGUAGUUGCUUCAACUGAGGACGAAACCCGCGCGGAUGAAUCAGGGCGUGACCUGCGCUCACCUGAAGUUUGCACUACCACGGCGGAACCCUCACCUCCAGAAGCGACGGCUCCUGAAACGGAGAUAGGCGAUGCGGCUGGCGACUCUGCGAACAAGAAGCGCAAAGAGUCAAGCGGUGACAGUGCUAAGCAGUGGUGGCGACAACCGAAGCCCUCUGUGAAGCGGGCGGCACGUCCAAUUCGACGAGUGGAGGACGAGGGAAGUGAUGACGAGGAGGAAGAAGACGGCCUGCCGACUGUCGAAGAGAUGGCCCGUUACCCCGAGAUCGCUUUCGCUAAAGCGCAUAAGCGAUUUAAGACUUCAUGGGAGUCUUUGUUUCCGUGGCUAAUUUUAACUCGUGAUGACGUUGGCUUCCCCAUUUUGAGAUGCAGCACGUGCUUGGAACAUGGAGCUGAAGGCGCGAAAACGGCUUACGGCAAGGGAGGCAGUGGAGGGCGUGACAUGCAGAAGGGGAGCAUCCGGACGCACCAGCGCUCCACCGCACACCAGGACGCACACGCCGAGAUGAAGUCGAAGGAGAGCCGGAAGCUUCGUCAAACGCUGCUGAGCCAGUUCGAGGGGUUGGAUCGCAGCACUCUUCGCAUCAUCACCGCUCUCAAGACUACCGUAUACAUCUGCAAGUCGGAGGCGCCAAUCACCUCCUACGUGGGCACCAUCAAGUUCAUGGAUGAGCUCGGAGUCCCGAACCUUCCCUUGGAUUCCAAGGGAAACUACUUUUCGGAGGAGGCGUUGGCCGCGAAGGAUGCCGCUGAGAAGGUGACGGAGUUCAACAUCAUAGACCAGGCGGUGUGCAACGUGGCAGAGCAGCUUUCUAGGUCGAGCAACUGGCACCGGCGAUUCGAGCACCUUCAGGAGUACAUCUGCGAAACCAACCUGGAGCUGCAGGGGAUCCACGACGUGCGAUGGCUCUCUAGAGGAGAGGCAGUCAAGCGGUUCGCCAAGGUUCUGCCGGCGACAAUCGUCCUGCUGCACGAUUUCAAGCACGCGCUAUACGAAACGGUCACCUCUUUCAAAUUCCACUUCAUGCUUUUCUUCCUUGCAGACAUUCUUGCCGUGCUCAACGAGCUCAACGCCAAGUUCCAGAAGCAGCAGGUGACAUGUGGAGUGCUUUGCAACUAUUCAUCCCACGCCCACUCACAGGUUGACAUCACUGUGGUCGCGGGGGAGGUGUCACUCGCUUGCCGGACGAUCGAUGUGCGUUACGUGGACUGCGAGGAUCGUUUUGGCAACGAUCAGUCACCCCUGCUCUACGCGUUCCUGAAGAAACACGGCAACCCCGAGCACCGCGAAGUCACUGUCAAAGGCGUGGACCAGAACGGCGAAGCUGCAGAGGACGAGUUCGUGCUUCACGAGCGCAAGAUCCCAGGCCAUAAGACUGGCGGGGACUACUACUCCUGCAAGGCGGUGUGCCAGGAGUUUGCGAGGGUCUGCGUUGCGCGACUGGAGUUCCGCCUGGAAGACCUCAAGAACCUGGCCGGCUCCAAGCUUUUCCGGCCAUCGUGCUAUCCCGACGACAACGCGCAGCGGAUGAAGAAGUGCCGCGAGUGGUUGGGCAUGCUAGACCACAUGUUUCACCACCGCCUCUUUGGAGUUUCGGUAUUGACUUGUGCUGCUCUGCUCCGUGCUAGGAGUAUUCUGCUGGAACCGGACCAGGCCAGACCAUCCCAUAUGUAG